CUGUGACAAGGUGAUGCUGCUGGUGGUUACGUGACGCCGCCUCCUUCCUCUUUCCUCUCUCCUCUCUCCUCCCUUUGUGCGGUGGUGCACGAGCUCCUUCUCGGCUAGGACUGGAACAAACACACACACACAGAGAUAAUGGCUGUACCUCCCACCUACGUUGACCUUGGAAAGUCUGCCAAGGAUGUUUUUACCAAGGGAUACGGCUUCGGGCUCAUCAAGCUGGACUUGAAAACAAAGUCUGAGAAUGGACUGGAGUUCACCAGCACAGGCUCCGCCAACACCGAGACCAGCAAGGUGGCCGGGUCACUGGAGACCAAGUACAAGUGGGCAGAGCACGGACUCACCUUCACGGAGAAGUGGAACACUGACAACACCCUCGGGACCGAGAUCACCCUUGAGGACCAGUUGGCUAAGGGACUGAAGCUUACAUUUGAUUCAUCCUUCUCACCAAACACUGGCAAGAAGGGCGGCAAGCUGAAGACGGGCUACAAGUGCGACCACAUCAACCUCGGCUGCGACGUCCACUAUGACAUCAACGGCACAGCCGUCCACGGCGCCGCGGUGGUGGGCUACGAGGGCUGGCUGGCCGGCUACCAGAUGACCUUUGAGGCCGGCAGGAACAGGAUCACUCAGAGCAACUUCGCAGUUGGAUACAAGACCGAUGAGUUCCAACUCCACACAAAUGUAAAUGAUGGCACAGAGUUCGGUGGUUCCAUCUACCAGAAGGUCAAUGACCAGCUGGAGACGGCCGUCAACCUGGCUUGGACCGCGGGAAACAGCAACACCCGCUUCGGCAUCGCUGCCAAGUAUCAGAUUGAUCCCGACGCAUCCUUCUCUGCCAAGGUGAACAACUCCAGCCUCGUGGGCCUGGGCUACACUCAGACUCUGAAGCCAGGAAUCAAGCUGACACUUUCUGCUCUCCUCGAUGGCAAAAACAUCAACGCCGGUGGCCACAAGCUCGGACUCGGUCUCGAGUUCCAGGCGUAGGAGGACGUCGCCUUCCAGUCGUCCCAUCACCCCACCAAAAAGUUUAAAAUCUAAAUCCUCUAUCGACUAUCUCUCCCUCACACAACCCCCUUUCCCCCCCACCCUAUAUUUGUUACAUUUGGAAGCGAGACAGCUUAAAGGUCAAAUUGUGAUGCUCCGUCGCUAAAAAAGGGGGCAAUUUGCAAAAUUCUUGGUUUUAAAAAGUUACAAAGUUUAAAAAUGUUCUAAUAUUAACUACAGAAUGUGUUGAAACAUCAACUACGACGACGUCUAUGCAUUGUGUUACAGAUAUUUAACAGUUCACAUCUUGUAGUACCGCUUCGUACCACAAGGUGGGACCGUGUGUACUCGAUUACUCCUCGUUCUGCUUCUACACUGGCUGUAGGACCCUUUCAGUCUGUGUUCAGUUACACAUCAUAGCACAGCACAUCAUGAUGGAAGUGGCUUCAGUAUCUCAGGGCUGUUUCACUGUAACUAAAGUGACCCUCUCUGAACUAAGGUCCUAUUACUUUUUUUGACAAACCAUUUUACAAAUUGCUCCUUCGAGAGAACACUAUUUUGAAGGAAAUAAAUAAAUAAAUAAAUGAGCCCACCUUAGAACAAAACUACAACAGUUCAGCUGAAAGUUUGAUCUUGGAAUUGUGUAGCUCAUAAGGGAAAAGUAGCCUUGGGUACAUAUUGGUUUUCACUCUUCAUUUCACUAGAUUCGUACACAGUUCUUUAAUUUGUGUCUCCCUGCUUUCCAAUGCAGUGAAAAGGGAAGUAAAAAAAGAAAAGAAAAAGAAAAGAUCAGCCCAUGAUGCAAAAGGGCUCACUGCGUCUAGAGUACAGUUGAGUAGUUACGCCACCAGAUGGUGCUGUUGCAGAGCACUCCGCACUCAAAAAAGGUGUUACGGUGAAAUAGCAAUUUUAUUUGAACACGUCUGCACUUGGAAGCUCUUGAUAUAUAUUAAAAUGGGAAGGGUUAGUUGUCCCUGAUAUAAGCAGCUGUCCGUAGCUCUAAGAGACACUACACCCCAACGUGUACAUUCUGUGUUUUUGUCUCACUCGUCUUUUGUGUCCGUGCAUUUGGUGUGAACGAUGUCUUUUGUUACAUAUAGCAAAACAGAUUAUUAUUAUUUUAUUGAUGGUCUUGCGUAGUUUAAAUCCACCUAAGAAGUCUUACAGAGGCAACGACCGGUCGGUUCCUCCUGGCCGAGCAAACAAAAGGAAACAAAACGGAAACCUAUCAUGCACCAGGCUGAACUCCCCUGGGUGAGAGCUGCUGCUGCUGAAGCUCUUCGGAGGGUGAAAACGAUGAAUACAGUGGCCAUGAUAUGGUAGUCUUCCAAAGCUGGUUAUGGGAAUCAUGCUUAGUGUACUUGAGAGUAUUGUCAUUCCUUGAACUAAAUAAAGAACAUCUUGAACCGG